AUGGCGACGGCGCGGUUGGCCUGGGCCCUGCGGGCCGCCCCUGCGGGCGGGAGGCUGCGCGGCCCCCAAGGCACUGGGGGCGCCCGGAGGCUCAGCGGCAGCACGUGGCGGCGGGCGGCCAGGGGCACCAGCCCGGGACGCCGGCUCAGCACCGCCUGGGCGCCGGCCCAGCCCGCCCAAGAGGAGGCCGAGGGCGCCGUGUACGACAUCCACGCGCCUGCAGCGGAGGAGCCGUCGUGGACACUGCCCCCCGCGUCCCCGGUGUCGCCCGACUCCCCCGGGCCCCCGGCCGGCCGCUCGCUGGUGCAGCGGGACAUCCAGACCUUCCUGAACCAGUGUGGGGCCAGCCCCGGGGAGGCGCGCCACUGGCUCACGCAGUUCCAGACCUGCCACCACUCCGCGGACAGGCCCUUUGCCGUCAUCGAGGUGGACGAGGAGGUGCUCAAGUGCCCUAAGGCCGUAUCCAGCCUGGCCUUCGCCCUGGCCUUCCUGCAGCGCAUGGACAUGAAGCCCCUGGUGGUCCUGGGGCUGCCUGCUGCCACGGCGCCCUCGGGCUGUCUUUCCUUCUGGGAGGCCAAGGCACAGCUUGCCCAGAGAUGCAAGGUGCUGGUGGACGCCCUGCGGCAUAAUGCCGCCACUGCUGUGCCUUUUUUUGGCGGCGGGUCGGUGCUGGGCGCUGCUGAGCCAGCCCCUCAUGCCAGCUAUGGCGGCAUCGUCUCGGUGGAGACCGACCUACUACAGUGGUGCCUGGAGUCGAGCAGCAUCCCCAUCCUGUGCCCCAUCGGGGAGACGGCCGCCCGCCGCUCCGUGCUCCUGGACUCACUGGAGGUGACCGCGUCGCUGGCCAAGGCGCUGCGGCCCACCAAAAUCAUCUUCCUCAAUACCACGGGCGGUCUGCACGACAGCAGUAACAAGGUCCUGAGUAACGUGAACUUGCCCGCCGACCUGGACCUAGUGAACAACGCCGAGUGGGUGAGCACCAAAGAACGGCAGCAGAUUCGGCUCAUCGUAGACGUGCUCAGCCGCCUGCCUCACCACUCCUCGGCCGUCAUCACCGACGCCAGCACGCUGCUCACCGAGCUCUUCAGCAACAAGGGGUCCGGGACGCUGUUCAAGAACGCCGAGCGGAUGCUGCGAGUGCGCAGCCUGGACAGCCUGGACCAGGGCCUCCUAGUGAACCUGGUCAACGUCAGCUUCGGCAAAAAGCUCCGGGACGACUACUUGGCCUCGCUGCGCCCGAGGUUGCACUCUGUCUACGUCUCUGAGGGGUACAACGCGGCUGCCAUUCUGACCACGGAGCCUGUACUUGGGGGUACCCCGUAUCUAGACAAGUUUGUGGUGAGCUCCAGCCGCCAGGGCCAAGGCUCCGGCCAGAUGCUGUGGGAGCGCCUGCGGCGGGACCUGCAGACGCUUUUCUGGCGCUCCCGGGUCACCAACCCCAUCAAUCCCUGGUACUUCAAACACAGCGAUGGCAGCUUCUCCAACAAGCAGUGGAUCUUCUUCUGGUUUGGCCUAGCCGACAUCCGGGACUCUUACGAGCUGGUCAACCAUGCCAAGGGGCUGCCAGACUCCUUCUGCAAGCCGGCUUCUGACCCAGGCAGCUGACCCUCUCUACCAGCCCUGCAGGCCCUGGGACAGCCAGGGUGGACCAAAAGCCAUGCCUGCUGAAGGUGACCCGAGGCAGCCACAGGCCGGACCAGGCUUGUUGGCUGAGUGAGCUGCAGAGAAGGCAGCAGCCCCUACUCUACCCUGCCCAGAGGGGGGCACCCAAGUGAGGACAAGUGCAGGAAGGAGAAGGGCCUGCCCAAGACCCCCUACUUGCUCCAACGCCACAACCAGAUGGCCUUGAAUUUUCAGUCUAGGGAUUUGGGGGGAG